GCUCUCGGGUGCUGCUAUAUCACGUUGCCCCGCCUCCUCCACCAGGCUAAUCAGUGAAGUGACGGCUCUAUCGUUUCGCCUUGGACAGAGGAGUAGACAGAGAUACCGCGCCGCGUGGAAGAAGACGGACAAGACCACUUUGACCCCGCGUGGUAGGGGUCAGUCUGCUUUCCCCUCUCUCUCGAGCUAGCUCCAGUUGUUCGAGCCUCCUCUCUCUACUCUCUCGGUGCGUGUUUCCUGCUCCCUAGCCCACGAGAACGGAGACAUGACUACAGUCAACCCAUCCCAAACCGGCCUCGAUGAAGCCGGACCUCCAACGUCAAAGAAGGGUCUGAAGAAGCAGCAGAAAGAGGCAGAGAAGGCCAAAAGGAAAGCCGAAGUCGCUGCCAAGUUGGAUGCAGAAGCAGCUGGUCGGCAGGCCGAUGAUGUGUCCAAAGACUUGUACGGGAUAGCCCCACUCAUCCAGUCACAGCUAAGAACCGGUCGUGUGUGGAAGAGGGUUGGAGAAUUGACCUCUGACCUGGUAGGUCAGACUGUUCUGGUCAGAGCUAGAGUUCAUGCCAAGAGAGGAACAGGAAAGCUGGGGUUCUUGGUUCUGAGACAGCAGUACCACACCGUGCAGGCGGUCAUCUCCGUGUCUGAGACCAUCAGCAAACAGAUGGUCAAGUUUGCCACAGAUCUUCACCUCGAGUCAGUGGUCGAUGUGGAGGGGAAAGUUACAGCUGCCCCUGAGAAGAUUACCGGCUGUACACAGCAGGAGGUGGAGCUUCAGGUUGCCAAGGUGUUCUGUAUCAGCCAGGCUUUGCCUCAGCUGCCCCUCCAGAUUGAGGAUGCCAUGAGACCCGAAAACAGCGAGGAUGGACCGCAGGGGCGUGUAAACCAAGACACUCGAUUGGAUAACAGAAUCAUUGAUCUGAGAACCACGACGAAUCAGGCGAUAUUUCGAGUGGAAGCAGCUGUCUGUCGGCUGUUUCGUGAUUACCUCACGGCCCAAGCUUCGUGGAAAUUCACACUCCAAAGAUCAUCUCUGCUGCUAGUGAAGGUGGAGCGAAUGUCUUUGAGGUGUCCUAUUUCAAAGGGCAGGCGUAUCUGGCCCAGUCUCCUCAGCUAUACAAGCAGAUGGCUCUCUGCGCAGACUUUGAGCGUGUUUUCACAAUUGGACAAGUGUUCCGAGCGGAGGACUCCAACACCCACAGACACCUGUGCGAGUUUGUGGGGAUGGACGUUGAAAUGGUGUUCUUUGAACACUAUCAUGAGGUGCUGAAGGUGAUAGGAGGCAUGUUUGUCAACAUGUUCAGAGGCCUCCAACAACAAUGUGCCAGUGAGAUAGAGGUGGUACGUAACCAGUAUCCGGCCGAACCCUUCACAUUCCUGGAUCCACCUCUUAUACUGAACUAUGGUGAGGGUGUGGCUAUGCUAAGAGCCAAUGGAGUUGAAAUUGGAGAUGAAGAUGACCUCAGCACCCCCAAUGAAAAACUGCUCGGACGGUUGGUGAAAGAAAAGUAUGACACAGACUUCUAUAUUCUGGACAAGUACCCUCUUGCUGUGCGCCCUUUCUACACUAUGCCCGAUCCUCACAAUCCCAAACUGGCCAACUCAUACGAUAUGUUCAUGAGAGGGGAAGAAAUUCUAAGUGGGGCUCAGCGAAUCCACGACCCCCAGCUGCUGACUGGGAGAGCCCUCGUCCAUGGACUAGAUCUGGAGAAGAUAAAGUCUUACAUUGAUUCUUUCCGCUACGGAACGUGUCCCCAUGGAGGUGGAGGGAUUGGGCUGGAGCGAGUCUGCAUGCUGUAUCUCGGCCUCAGCAACAUUAGGAAGACCUCCAUGUUCCCUCGAGACCCCAAACGACUGACACCAUGAGAGACAGGCACCCAAUCAAGAACCUACUAUCUCAAUUCUUAGAGCGAACUCUUUUAGGCAAUUGUUAAUGAUGAUGAAAUGAAUUCCUA